AUGUCUGGGUUUCCUUCAUCACACAGCCUCCAGACCCCCAAGAAAUACUACUCUAGCUUCAAGAGCAACUUGAAUCUCCAAGGGAAAUUCCACGACAUUGACGAUGAAGCCCAAUUCCGUGCUUAUCUGGGCUAUCUAAAAGAUGCACAGACCCGAAACUUUGUGCUAGAUUUUGGAAACGACGAUGCGUGGUGUGCAGUUGAUCUGGAAGAGGAAGAUAUUGCGACACUAGUGCGCAGCGCCAAGCCAAGGUUCUUUGGGACCAGAUGGAUUAACAUCUGGUCGCCAGAGCAGCAGAAAGAUUUGGUCAAAACAAUAACGAGCCACUACGGCAUCUCCGAGCGUUUACAGGGGAUGAUGUGCACUGACCCGGUGGUUCGCCCGGGCCAAUCCACGAAUCCUUUAGCAAAUGGGGUUCACGAGAAGAACGACGACCGAUUGCCUCGUGUUUCCCGUAAGAAUGACCUUGAAGAAGCUCAAGAACUGAAGGAUUUAUCAGAUCCUGCUGAGAUACAAGCGGCUGCAUCAUUCAGAGGCAUUACCUUUGCGCAUGUGACGAAUCAAAUCUGGCAUUUCUGCUCCGUAGACUACGGUCCGAGAUAUACAUGCAUUGGUUACAACUCGUUGUACGUAGUGCCGAACGUUGAAUUUCCCAACGGACAGGGCCUACCUGAUGGGAGACGACUAUGGUCUUGGUUGAUCCUAUGCGACGACGGCACUGUUAUUUCCAUGCAAGAGAAUCCGUACCCUGGACUUUCUAGGCCGUCGGAGAGGGAGCUGAAGUCGGUACUCGGUAUAGUUCGCCGAAAUGUACAACUUAUCUUUUCCGGUGUCUCUAAGCGGCACUCGGCCCAGUCGGAGAGUGAUUCAUUAGUGACCAUUCGCGUACGACCUGCUCACGGCGGUGGCCCAGAUCAGGCUAGUAUAAAGCAAGAGGAUGGCCCUAGUUUACUAUUCUACUAUAUAUUCGACGAUUGGGUUUCCAGUUACGCACUUGUUGCAAAACGAGAGCAUCAAUACGGGGUUCUUCUUGAUCGACUGAGGGAAGAGAUGCUCGGCAAGCCUGUGGUUGGACUAGUCAAUGAGCUACACUGGUUAGGCAGGAGAUUAGCCGUCUUGAAGCGGCUUUAUCAGAGUUACGAGCUUAUCAUGAUGCGGAUUCUUCAAAGACAGCGCCAUCUUCGAGACGAAGCGAAGUCGAACCGUCCUCCGCUGCCCAUCGGGCCUAUGUUCGGAGAAAGUGAGGUGGUGGACCUUCGACAGCCGACCCUGCAGAGUAGUUGGAGUGUUUCAAGCAAUGUAGACACCUCUGUUGGUGUACAGCUGAGUUCGCCUGCUGUGGCCCGUUUUGAAAGACUGCUAGAUCGUAUCAAGCUCUACUGCUUGUCUGAGAUUGAGACCUGCUUGACGGAGAAAGAAUCUCUCACAUUCCUUAACUUUAAUCUUAUUGCGCUGAAGGACUCGCAGGCUGUCGAAAAGCUCACGAGAAUCACAAUUCUGCUGGCUAAAGUGACAAUCCUGUUUUUACCCGUCAGCUUGAUGACCGGGUACUUUUCGACCGAGCUCAAGAACGUCAAGGGGGUGUAUACAGUUAACCAAUACUGGGUCAGCUUCGGCGUCAUUAUGUUUUUGUCCAUCGUGCUACUCACACUGUUCGGCUACCUUAGCGACACCGUGGAGGGCAAAACUAUCUAUCAAUCACUAUCCCGUACCUUUGUCCGAUCUUCUAAGCACAAAAUAUCAAAUCGAAAGGAGGAAUAG